AUGUGGCCACCAUCAAGCAAGGAGCUCUACGACUCGCGACAGUUCUAUCCACUCACAGAUUCUGUUGUUCUGUCGUUGUUGUUGGGCCUGUAUCUGACGAUCGGGCCUGUCUUGAAUUACAACAAGAUCGAAUCGGAUCAACGGGAUAUGGUAACGAACAUGCGGAUCUUGAUUCCAGCUCGACAGAAAGCUCACAACAUCUCCAUGCAAACUUGUGUUCCGAACAGUUUGAGCAUAGGAGCACUAUCCAAUCCUGUGUCGCUGGCAACAGUGCAGAAGUCCAGGGGGAGGCUGCCGGAUCCUCGAUUUCUCGGCUACGACGGCUUCCUGCAGACCAUCAACAUGAUGAGCGUCACCCCUCGGAUGUGGCAGUACUACACGUUGAAUUUCUGUAGAUUCCAUCCUUCUUCUUUCCUCAAGCUGCUCAGGAAAGCAAAACUCCCAGAAGCUUAUUCGGUUCUGAAGGAGCUGCAGAUUUACAAUACUUUGCCGCUGAAAGCUCGGCCGAGGUUCUCCUACAAGUAUCAGGUCAAAUUGAGGUAUGAUGAGGAUGGAUUACAAACUAUCAUUCACAAACUGGGUGUCAAGGUUGGGAUCCUAAAGGAGAUUCUUGUUGAGACGAGAUUCGAAACGAUGGACGUCCCCGCUACCUACAUAGAGCAAGACGUGUCUUCGACCCUCUACAACGGUGGUAAGGUGACAAUCAAGACCGUCAAGGAUUCUUCUGGCAACUCUGUUUCAUGUCUCAAACUCUUCGAUGUAAGGAGUGACUGUCGUCAGACUGUCGCUGUCCCAGUGAUUCAUCGAGUCAGAGCAAAGAGGUUUGAGGUCGUAUACGUCGGCAACUCGUCGGAUUACGUCGCCCCGACUGUCGUCAAUCUUGCUUCGGGCGUCUCGAUCUCCGUUGAGGUCCGAGAUUUACAGCAGCCGAGACCCUACAGCCCUCCGUUCGGAGAGUUCACAAUCUUCUUCGUUGGCAUUGCGUUUCUGCUCGUCUCCUUGUUCACCUUGAUUUUCUGGUGCUACGCCAGAUUCUUUGUCAUCAACAGGAAUGUGCGACUGAACAAUGGUGAACCGCCCAUGUUCUUUCAAAGCUUGCUCAAGUUCCGAGGAUGGUGA